AUCGCCGGGGCAGGGCUGCAGUAGCACCCCAUGGUUGGUGUUCAACGAGGUUCCUCAAUCCCGUGGUGUGGCUCGUUUGGCUAUUUAGUCUCCCCCAGAGCUGAAUCCAUAUUCUCGAGCUAGGUUCCUUCAACAGCUUUUCUCACAAUUUCUACUCGUUCUCGACCCCAGAGCUCCUGCUUCUUUGGUAAUCGCCGUCUGCCACCAUGCAGAUCUUCGUUAAAACUCUCACCGGCAAAACCAUCACCCUUGAGGUGGAGAGCAGUGAUACCAUUGACAACGUUAAGGCCAAGAUCCAGGACAAGGAGGGUAUCCCUCCUGACCAGCAGCGUCUGAUUUUCGCUGGCAAGCAACUGGAGGAUGGCCGUACUCUUGCUGACUACAACAUCCAGAAGGAGUCUACCCUCCAUCUGGUUUCCGACUUCGCGGUGGCAUGCAGAUCUUCGUGAAGACUCUUACUGGCAAGACAAUCACCCUGGAGGUCGAGAGCAGCGACACCAUCGAUAACGUCAAGGCGAAGAUUCAGGACAAGGAGGGUAUCCUCCUGACCAGCAGCGUCUUAUUUUCGCCGGCAAGCAACUGGAGGACGGUCGCACGCUCGCUGAUUACAACAUCCAGAAGGAGUCGACGCUCCAUCUGGUGCUUCGUCUUCGCGGUGGCAUGCAGAUUUUCGUCAAGACUUUGACGGGAAAGACCAUCACCCUGGAGGUUGAGAGCAGCGACACCAUCGACAACGUGAAGGCCAAGAUCCAGGACAAGGAAGGCAUCCCUCCCGACCAGCAGCGCCUUAUCUUCGCGGGGAAGCAGCUCGAGGAUGGUCGCACGCUCGCCGAUUACAACAUCCAGAAGGAGUCUACCCUCCAUCUGGUGCUCCGUCUUCGCGGCGGCAUGCAAAUUUUCGUGAAGACUCUUACCGGCAAGACCAUCACCCUGGAGGUUGAGAGCAGCGACACCAUCGACAACGUGAAGGCCAAGAUCCAGGACAAGGAAGGCAUCCCUCCCGACCAGCAGCGCCUUAUCUUCGCGGGGAAGCAGCUCGAGGAUGGUCGCACUCUCGCCGAUUACAACAUCCAGAAGGAGUCUACCCUCCAUCUGGUGCUCCGUCUUCGCGGUGGCAUGCAGAUUUUCGUGAAGACUCUUACCGGCAAGACCAUCACCCUGGAGGUUGAGAGCAGCGACACCAUCGACAACGUGAAGGCCAAGAUCCAGGAUAAGGAGGUAUCCCCCUGACCAGCAGCGGCUCAUUUUCGCGGCAAGCAGCUCGAGGAUGGCCGUACUCUAGCGGACUACAACAUUCAGAAGGAGUCGACCCUCCAUCUGGUGCUGCGCCUCCGUGGUGGAAUGCAGAUUUUGUGAAGACCCUCACUGGCAAGACCAUCACGCUUGAGGUGGAGAGCAGCGACACCAUUGACAAUGUCAAGGCUAAGAUCCAGGAUAAGGAGGGUAUCCUCCUGACCAGCAGCGUCUGAUCUUCGCAGGGAAGCAGCUCGAGGAUGGCCGUACCUUGGCGGAUUACAACAUUCAGAAGGAGUCUACGCUUCAUCUGGUUCUCCGCCUCCGUGGUGGUCAGUGAGUGACACCAGCUUAAGCUGGUUGCAGACAUGAGCUGUGGUGGUUCCUAAUGGUUGUAUAACUUCUGUGUUUACUGUAUACAAUCGUGGAUUAAUUUUGAGUUGGCCAUCACAGCUGAAAUUGUCUUGCAUUGGUGCGAAGCCAGUUGAUAACUAACCAGUCUCGGGCAGAUAUGGUUGCAUCUCUGUAAGCAAACGAUAAUGCUAAACUUUUCCCC